AGUGCAAGAUGGAUUACGCUGUCUGAGCCGCUUGUCGGCCGCACCCCGUCCGUGUGUUAUGAAAAAAUAGGAAAGAGAUAUCCCUUUCGGUGGUUCAUUCUAGAGGCCCCUCGCCGCCGUCGAAGAAAAAAAGGAGGAGAGUUCGCCGAGGCUGCUGUCGCGGGUGGCGGCGCCAGUGCCGUCGACGGUGCUUGACCGUGAAGCUGGGUGCGGAUGGACAUCGAGGGAAUGGAAUUCCUACUGGAUGCGGUCGAUAGGUUCCCCGUGUGGGAGGAGUUUGCCGACAACCUUGACCACAUAGAUCCAGUCCCGCUGAUGUACCUUCUGGAUAAUGGGGCUGCUAAUCAGGAUAUUCGCCAGGGGGAUGUUGAUUCCGGGAUAACUGAGAUGGUGUGCGAUGGUGUGCUCACCGACGCUCAGGUAGGUGGCCAGCGUAGGCGUGAUGAAUCUCCGACGAGGUCUGCCCAGUCGACGGGAAGAGUAAAUCCGCAGGCCCCCGGCUGGACUAAAAGGCUUCGUCUCGGGAGUGUGCCACCGGACCGUGUGCCCUGUCCAUCAAGGAUGAGCGCCCUGGAGCUAUCAAUGCGUAAAUACGCUGAGCAACCUGACAAGAAUGUGGUCCGACCUGAGCUAGGUCUUAGUUUUGAUUCACUGGGCGAGGCGUAUGAUUUCUACAACUUGUAUUCUUGGGAAAUCGGUUUUGGGAUAAGAUAUGGAAAAAGCAGGCUGAACGCCGAGAGAACCAAAAGCAUACAGGAGAUAGUUUGUGGUUGUUCGGGGAAACCAGACGCUGAAAACAGCAGAUCGUGCAUGUGCGAGUGCCCGGCUCUGAUCAGACUGUUACGUGCAUCAGACAACAGUUGGUACAUAACAGAGCACCGGGCGAGCCACAAUCAUUCGAUGCCGCUUACAAUGGGAGAGAAAGUGCACUAGCCAUCUCAUAAACACAUAGACGUCUAUACCAAAGAUUUAAUAAGGCAGUUGAGGGAGAACAACGUCAACCUUGGCAAUGUAUACAUCAUAAUUGGGAGCUUCUUUGGUUCGGUUGAGAAGGUGCCUUUCACUAAAAGGACACUGAGGAACAUUUGUGAGAAGAUUAGUCGUGAGCAGGUUGAAGAUGAUGUACGGAAGACACUACAGGUGUUUGCCUACAUUCGGUCGAGUGACCCUGGAUUCUCCUUUGUGGUGCUCGCCGAGAAAGACAACAAGGUGAAGAAUCUCAUGUGGGCUAAUGGGAGCAGCAGGAUGCAGUACAAGUUCUUUGGUGACGUGGUCACAUUCGACACCACAUACAGGACAAAUCUGUACGACAUGCCAUUCGGUCUAUUUGUUGGAGUUAACAAUCACUACCAGAGUAUCAUCCUGGCAGGAGUGUUGAUGUGCGACGAGCAGGAAGAGAGCUUCGAAUGGCGUGUUUUCAGAAUUCAUUCGCAUGAUGGGCGGACCUGCACCAAAAACAAUACUAACAUGUGAUUGAUUUGAACACUAAAAAUGUCCCUUGCUUGUACAUAUUUUAUUGUAGAUCCCUUCAAAUUGCACUGGACGCAGUAAUGAAUUAUGACAUAAAAACAUGCAAGGAAAUAAGUCUUGAAUUAUGGUUCUGAUUGAAACUGUUUUUUGGUUGCUCAGACCAAUGCAGAGCAAUGGAGGUUGCGAUCAAGAAAAUUUAUCCAAACACUGUCCACUGUUGGUGCAAGUGGCAUGUUCUGAAGAAGGCGAAGGAAACACUGUGGCUGUUUUACACGAAAAAGUGUGAUUUCCAAGCUGAAUUUCACAAAGUUGUUAACCACAUGUUAGCUGAGGAGGAAUUUGAAACAGCCUGGGACGCGCUGCUUGAUAAGUACAACUUGAGGGGGCCUAACUAUAUGACCCAAAUAUAUGAGACAAGACAUAAAUGGGCAAAACCAUAUUUGAGAGGUGUGUUUUGUGCAAAAAAUGACAAGUACACAGAGGAGUGAGAGUGCAAACCAUAUGCUGAAGUCAUACAUGCCCCCCGCAAGCCCGAUGCAUGUUUUUGUCCGGCAAUACAUGAGGCUUCAGUUUGACCGUGAGCGCAAUGAAAGCUACAAGGAGAAGAGGACAAUGAUUGGAGGCGCCGUGCGGCAGGCUAACCUUGCGAUAGAGCGCCAUGCCAGCAAAAUAUAUACAAGGAAUAUGUUUGAGGAAUUUGGCCGCCUCCUAAUAGAAGGAACUGCAUACAAUGUGACUGAAGUAGAAAGGAUGAGGAAAUACAUCACAACUCACAAUAAUGCAGCAAAGAGAGAGAAGUGGAGUAGAGUGGAGUAAGAGGUGACAGUUAACGAAGACAAAUCAAUGUUCACGUGCGAAUGUGGUCAAUUUGAGCACACAGGAAAUCAAUGCUUUGCUGCCAUGCUUUGAGGGUGAUGGAGAUUCUACAUCUUGAUGAAAUCCCUAAGUACCAUAUCCUGAAAAGGUGGACAAGAGAUGCGAGGGUUAUACUACCGGAUCACCUGGUUCAAUACCAGAACGACAAAUCGCAUAAUUUUUCGUGCGUACAGGCAUGCAACAUUAUAUUUUAAAGCCAUGGAAGUUGUGUGAAUGGGGGACGCAAGUGUUGCAUGCUAUGACUACAUGCAUUCUGGGCUGGACUCUGCUGCGAGGUGGAGCGCCUCUGGCGGUCGCGCGGGAUGGAUUGGCAUUCAAGGAUCGUCUCAUUGAAAAUGGAAAUGCCAGUGUAACUUGCAACCGCGAUCCUGCUUUGGUUGAUCAGGAGGCUGACCAAUGCAACAGUGCUGCGAAUUCUGUCGGCAUGAGGCAUGAAUGAACUUCAGUGCCUCGUAGCACCAGAAAAGCGUAGAGGAUCUGGCAGGCCGACAAGCAACAGGGAGAAGGCACUGUACGAAGGGCUGAGUAAAAGUACCAGGUUCUGCAGCAUUUGCCGCCGCGAGGGGCACAAGAGGACCACAUGUCCAGAGCGAGGGGAUGCUCCGAAGAAGCCACGGAAACGGCAGAUGCCAGAACUGCGGAAUAGAAGGACACCGGGGAACACAUGCAAGAGGCCUCUUGGGUUUGCCGAGAGCUGAGCUGUGCAAUUUUCGGUCGAUGAAUAUGUAUUUGUCUUUUUCAUGAGGUCUGAUCUGCAGUCCGUCCCGGAUCAGGAUUUGUAUGCUGUUCCAAUAUGAGAUAUCAUGGUCUUGCAUUCCUUGGGCAAGCAGAAAAAAAUGUGGGAUGUUGUGAGAACAAUUUGAUAGCUAGUCUGAGAUGUACUGUCCAUGUUUGUAACGAUCUAGAGUUGUGUCCUAGAGCACGCAUAAGGAUUUAUGGUUUUCUGAAAAAUUUGGUAGCUAGUCUGAAUUUACCAUCUGCUGUUUGAGGUGAUAUCAACACGUAAACUUUAGUAUUGUUACCAUGUUUA